AUAAUGCUCAACAAUUUGUUAUGGACGAGUUGAUGAUGUUGGAAACACAGGAAUCUCAAGCUCAAUUCCAGGUGCCAAAUACUCCAAAUGGAUCUCUACUGCCAACUACUUCACGUCUCGAAACACCUACAACUUCACCUUCAGAUUCCCAGCAGAUAACUUCAGAGGUGACUGGCGAGAAUUUAUGGAAGCAUCUAUAUAAAACGGUAUUGAAAAUUUCAAGCAUGGAAAAUCUCACAAUAUCAGCAAUUAUCAUGGUGAAACAGUACGUAGAGGCGUGGAGCUACCGAUUUGGAUAG